AUGGAACUCUACAUCUCGGGCGAGUACUCGGGUACCUUCCGUGGCGAGUCUUUCCUCCCUUCGACUCCUUCCUUCACACCUGCUAUUUCUGGACCUGGUGGAGCUGGAGGUGGAUCGGCGAGUCCGCCGUUGUUCUUGAUCCAGAUCGAUCAGGAGAGUUUGCUGCACAGAUGUCGCAACUUGCUCUUCAAGACUGAUACAACUGGCGCAACCACUACAACAGCAGUCGACAACGUCGAACCAACAGCCACUGCUACCACCGCUUACAGCGACGUCUCGACCACACCAACCUCACACAUAUCCCCCGGCCACUCCACCUCAUCCUCACAGAACCUCGGAAACCAGACAUCCUCCAACUUUUCAGCAUCUGCAUUCGCCCACUCUUACAUAAUCCCCCCCGGGAUCAGUACCUCGAUCGACCUCGACAAGGUCCGCCAAAUGCUCAGUCAAGUCCAGAUCGACAAUAUGCCACAGGGUGCCAAGGAUUUGAUGCGGACUAUGGAGAUGCAAUCCUUUGCUCAACAACAACAACAACAACAACAACAGCAACAGAGUGCCGCGGCGGCUUCUUUUAUGGCGACUGGAGGAGGUCUUUCGCCUUCCCCUAUCGUGUCUCCUCCCCCGCCUUGGGCGUAUACGGCGAUUACGCCACCAUUGCCUCCUCUUCCUCAUUCUCCUCUCCCGCCACCAUCCAUUGUCACAUCCUCAUUGACACCGCCCUCGGAAUCAACAGCGGCGGCAGAAGGAGAGAUGACGACAUUUGUGACAAGGGCAGAACUGGCGUUGAUGGAGGAGAGGAUCAUGACCAAGAUAGAGCAGCGAUUCCAAGAGAUGGAAGAUCGAAUCCUGAACAAGCUCUUGCUCGCCAACAAACAAGCCGAUGCUUGA